GUGGCCGCGCGCGGCCCUGCAGUAGGGUAGGGGGGCCGCUCUGCCGGAGAUCGGAAUGUUUUCGGUUUUCAGAAAGCUUCACUGCUCUGCCAGAUGUGGGUUUGAUUUCCAAGUGACUUCCCAACAAUGUUUAAUGUGCCACAGGUCGGACGUACUCCGCGAGUACGGAAAUUCAGAAGUUUCACGCAGUUUCCAAGGGCUGAAAAUCGCUUGGUGACGUCCAUUAGCAGGCCUGGGCAGAACAACACUAAUGAUCUCUGUCAUGCACGUUCCUUGCCCAGCUGCAUCCUCAAAAGGGAAAAAUAGGAUACUCCAAUGGAAGUUGAGAAAAAAAUCAUUUGAGCGGUUUGUACGCGGAAUAACAGUGCCGCCUUAGGAGAAAUGCCAGUCCUUAGGCGGGUCUGUUUCAGUGCCACGGCUCGGCUCGGGAUGCGCAGCAGCGGGCCGAGAGCGGGCCGGUCCUGCGGGCAGGUGCGGGACAGGCGCGCUGACCCGAGGGCCGGGAACGCCCGUUCCGAGGCAACGCGGGCACCUGGCUGCUCCUCAGAAAAGACUGCGUGAGCUACCCCGACCAGGAAAAUAGAAGACGCUAUAUCAGACGCGGUGCCAGCCGGGGCAGCGCCGCCCCGCAGCGGGCACGCCCGGCCGCGCAGUGCGCAGGCGCGGCGGCGGCAGCAUGGGCGACACGCUGGAGGAGCCGUGGUGGGACAGCGAGCCCGGCGCGGGCGGCACGCCAGAUCCUUCAGAUGAUGAAGCUCUUGAAAAAACAAAUGAAAACAAGACAGCAACCUGUCAAGAUUCAAAUUCCAAACCUGCUGUGAAAAAGAAAAGAAAGCAGCCUACAGAGUGUUUUUUAAGUCAGCCUGAAGAAAAGCGAGAGAGCACUGUAAAGGCAAAGAGGAGGAAGAAGAAGAAGAUUUCUGAUGUUCUGCAAAAAUCUGCUCCAAAACCUGGUGUCCCUGCAGAUCUACAAAAUCUGCUUACUCAACAUUUUGGUGAAAACCGUUCUGUGAUUGAAAUAGAGGAAUUAAAGCUGUCAGAUUCCUGCUUUCUGCCAGCCAAUGAUCUUACCCACAGUUUUUCUUCAUACCUGAAGGAAAUCUGCCCGAAGUGGGCGAAGCUCCGCAGGAACCACAAGGAGGAGAAGUCGGUGGUGAUGCUGGUUCUGUGCAGCUCUGCCCUGCGCUCCUUGGAACUCAUCAAGUCAAUGACAGCCUUUAAAGGAGAUUGCAGAGUCAUCAAGUUGUUUGCAAAGCACAUAAAGAUAAAGGAGCAAAUGAAUAUGUUAGAGAAAGGCAUGUUCCACAUCGGGGUUGGAACUCCUGGGAGAGUAAAGGCACUAGUGGAGCAAGAUGCCCUGUGCUUAAACGCCACAAAAUACAUGAUUUUGGAUUGGAACUGGAGAGAUCAGAAACUAAGGAGAAUGAUGGACAUCCCUGAGAUAAAGAAAGAAACAAUUGACCUACUUGAGAAGAGUAUUAUAAAGCUGUGCAGAGAUGGAUCUGUGAAGCUGGGACUCUUUUAGUGAGUUUGCCAACAAGGAAGUAAUUUGCAGUUGCCUUUUGCUAUUAUCCUGCUUGCAACUGAAUUUUGACUUUUCAGAGGUCUCAAUACAGAAGGCACAUUGCAACAUUUUUUGAGUUUUCUUUUAAUAAGAACCCAGAAGUUUUGUUUUUAGUUCUAGUAUUAUUUUUAUUGCAGGAAUAAUGUCAUACUGAAAUCAGAGUUACACCACUUUCACCUGCUAGAUGUACUACUACGUGUCACUGGUAAGACGUUGAAGAUGAGCAAAUAUGGGUGUGAAAGUCUUUGCACAGCUCAGUUUUCUGUUCCCUCUUUGUGCUAUCCCAAAUGAGACAUGUAUUUGUCUCAUGAGAGUGGUAAUCUACUUGCCCUUGGGGGUCUUUGAAAAAGUAUGAAUUUCAGUAACAUGUUAAAAAGGUAUUUUUCACCUAUCUGUUCUAGAGCUGGGCAAAUGCUGCUUUUUGCUCUUACAUGAUAUUCUCUGUAUAUUAUACUGAGAUCUUAUUUUGGUUAAACUGUUGAAGUGUGCAAAAAGUAUUCUUACAUUUGUCCAUUUAAAUUAAAAUGAGGUGAUCUCUG